GUAUUGAAUGUUUUUUUUGGGUCAAUGUUUUCUUAAUAGUUUAAUGUAAUCAAAAGGUUAUUUUUGAAAGAAUUUACAAAUAUGUCUUCUGAUUCCGAAGACGAUUGCUACGGAAACGUAGCACAGAAACUACAGAGUAUGAAAAACAAAUACAGAGACGAUAAAAUUGAAUGUACAAAUCUGCUCAACGAGUCGGCGACAUCAACAAACGAAUUGGAUGAAAUUGUGAAGAAAGCUAGUUUUCCCGCCAAAACUGAGUUGUCGAAGGUUGCCGAAGUUGUAGAGGUUAUUAAUGACACGGACCCUAAGGAUAAUUGUGAGGAUUUCAUUGACAAUUUGUUAGCUAAUGCAUCUACUAAAAGAGUUACUACGGCUAGCGCCAAAAAAAGGAAUUUAAGUGUUGUAACAUCAGAAAUUAACACUCCCAAGCCUUCUAGAAGAAAGAAACGCGUGAAUAAUGAAGAGAUUCCAUCAAAUACAGAUAAUAAUGUUAAUAAUAGAGAAACAGAACAGAAUAGAGGCAGAGGUAGAUCUAGUCGUGGUCAGGGUAGGCGCAAUCGAGGUAGAGGGAGAGGAAGAAGUAGACAAUCUCAAUCAGGUGUCAGCAACUGGUUAUCACAAGAAAUCCCCACAUUCAGUGUUGGCAACACCGAUGAAUAUCCAGACCAAAGUAACGAACAACAAUUAUUCAGUAAUAAGAACAAUGAUGUUGUUGUUAUAGAGGAAGAUCCUCUAGAUGUCAAUGAGGAGUUGUCAGUCAAGGUUUACUGGCAAAAUACAGAGUUUUUCAAGUUCAAUAUACGUAAAUAUCAAAAAUUGACGCAAAUAUUUGAUUAUUUCGCCAAGAAGGAGAAUAUUAGUAACGAUAAGGUAUUACUGACUUAUAAUGAUAAAGUGAUAAAGCUAACUGACACACCAGACUCUAUAAAGUAUAAUAUUGUUAAGUUCAUAGAUGGGGGAAUUGUUAAUCAAAGUAUUUCUAAAUUUACAACGAUCGAAAAUAAACCAUGUGUAGACGAUGGUAUAAGAAUCAAAUUUCAGUGCCAGAAUAUCAAAUUGCCAUUUGUGACAACAAUAAAAUGGGAGGAGAAGUUAUCAUUGGCCAUGAUGAAGUGUUCAGAGCACUUUGAAUUGCCAAUCAAUAAACUACGUUUUGAAUUUGAUGGUGACACUAUAUCAGGUAAUUCUACACCCAGGGAAAUGGAGCUGGAAGGUGGCGAAUGCAUUGAUGUGAAGGUGACAAGCUGAUGAUAAGAAUACAGCAUCCAUGGACAUGUCUAGACAUGUCUAGAUGUUUUUGUGGAUGACAUAAUUGUAGUACAACACAGCCCAUAAUAUGUUUACACAGGGUUUAGAAUAUGGGUGAAUAUUUUAUUGAGAGUGUCCUUGUCUGGUGGUUUACUACCCAGAAGUCCAUCGGAGACGGCAUGAGUUCAAAUCUUGGUGACACAAAAACGAUUGUG